AUGAGGCAGAACAAUCAGUCCUCGCUGGCUGACUUCAUCCUGGAAGGGCUCUUCGAUGACUCCCUCACCCAUGUCUUUCUUUUCUCCUUGACCAUGGUGGUUGCCCUUGUUGCUGUGAGUUGCAACUCCCUGACCAUCCUCCUCAUCUGUGCUGACCCCCAGCUGCACACCCCCAUGUACUUCCUGCUCAGCCAACUCUCCCUCAUGGACCUGAUGUUCCUCAUCACCACCAUCCCCAAGAUGGCGUCCAACUACCUGUCAGGCAGGAAAUCCAUCUCCUUUGUGGGUUGUGCUACCCAGCACUUCCUCUACUUGGCAGUGGGAGGGGCUGAGUGUGUGCUCCUGACUCUCAUGUCCUAUGACCGUUAUGUUGCCAUCUGUCACCCACUGCAUUAUGCUGUUAUCAUGAGCAGGAGAGUGGCUCUGAUGAUGGCUGUUACAUCAUGGUUGGGAGCAUCCAUGAACUCCUUCAUUCACACCAUGAUCUUGAUGCACUUCCCUUACUGUGGGUCUCGAACAAUCCACCACUUCUAUUGUGAGUUUCCAGCUCUUCUGAAAUCAAUCUGUGCAGAUAUCACUGUUUAUGAGAAGACAGUUUACAUCAGCACCGUUCUGGUUCUUGUUUUCCCCAUCCUCUUGGUUUCUAUCUCCUAUGGCUUCAUCCUCCACAGCAUCAUUCAGAUGAGAUCUGCUGGGAGUAAGAGAAAUGCCUUUGCCACUUGUAGCUCUCAUCUGACUGUGGUUUCUCUCUGGUUUGGUGCCUGCAUCUUCUCGUAUAUGAGACCCCGAUCCCAGCGCACUCCACUGCAAGACAAGGCUGGUUCCGUGUUCUAUAGCAUCAUCACCCCGACCCUGAAUCCUUUGAUUUAUACUCUCCGCAAUAAGGAUGUGGCUAAGGCACUGAAGAAAGUGCUAGGGAGAGAUGUCAUCACUCAAAGACAAUGA